GAUUAAACCUGGGCAAGAUGUCGGACAAAGAAGAGCAUUCACACUCUAAGGAGUCAUUUAUCUUAAAUAGAUUCGAAAAUAUCCUUUGCCAAAAUUAACUCCUACAAAAAGCAAACUGUUUCUCAUGGACUUACUUUCUUAUCGCUCAAGCAGCGGCUGUGUGGAGUCGGUUUAUUUGCAUCAAUGUACGUGCCUGAUGUUAGCUUUGACCAGGACCAGGCUUUGACGUCGCAACAGAGCAGGAAGGAAAAAAACAACAACAAGGAAAGCAGGAAGUGCGAAAUGAGUCUGCGCAGCAGCGACACCUGACAAGAGAUUGCAACAAGAUGACAAAGUGAGCAGGCAAAACAAGGCGUUGCUGCAAAUUUGAGUUGGAACCUGACAAGAAAUGAGAGCCGUUCUGCUAUGGAAAGAAACAACACGUCAACACUGUGUUUAUGACCUUGCCUUCAAACCAGAUGGCACCCAACUCAUAGUGGCAGCAGGUCUUCAUGUCCUGGUGUACGACACCUCGGAUGGAACUAUUAUUCAACCUUUAAAAGGCCACAAAGAUGUAGUAUACUGUGUGGCUUAUGCCAAAGACGGUAAAAGAUUUGCAUCAGGCUCAGCAGACAAGAGCAUAAUCAUCUGGACAUCUAAACUAGAGGGUAUCUUAAAGUACACACACUACGACUCAAUCCAGUGUGUUGCAUACAACCCAGUCACUCAUCAACUUGCAUCCUGUUCCUCUGGUGACUUUGGCCUUUGGUCACCUGAGCAAAAGUCUGUAAAUAAACACAAAGUGAGCAGCAAAAUAUCAUGUUGCGGGUGGACAAACGAUGGGCAGUACCUUGCCCUAGGUAUGAUGAACGGAGUGGUGAGCAUUCGCAACAAGAACGGCGAAGAGAAGGUCAAGAUUGACCGCUCGGGAGGCUCCUCCAGUCCCAUCUGGUCAAUAGCUUGGAAUCCUUCCAAGGAUGAACAACAUGACAUCCUUGCCGUGGCUGACUGGAGUCAGAAGCUUUCUUUCUAUCAACUCAGUGGAAAGCAGAUUGGAAAGGACAGGAAUCUCUCUUACGACCCGUGUUGCAUCAGUUACUUCUCCAAGGGCGAGUACAUCGUCAUGGGCGGGUCUGACAAGCAGGCCUCCCUUUACACAAAAGAUGGGGUGCGACUGGGCGUCAUUGGCGAGCAGAAUUCCAGGGUUUGCACAUGCCGGGUCAAGCCUGAUUCCAAUUUUAUGGUGAUGGGCUGCCAAGAUGGCACUAUUGCCUGCUACCAGCUUCACUUCAGUACAGUUCACGGCCUUUACAAGGAUCGUUACGCUUAUCGAGACAACAUGACUGAUGUCAUUGUCCAGCACCUCAUCACUGAAGGGAAAGUGAGGAUUAAGUGCGGCGAGCUGGUGAAGAAAAUUGCCAUCUAUAAAAACCGCCUUGCCAUCCAGCUGCCCGAGAAGAUAAUUAUCUACGAACUUUUCUCGGACGACUCUUCGGACAUGCGCUAUCGUAUCAAAGAGAAAAUCUGCAAGAAGUUUGAGUGCAACUUGCUGGUGGUCUGCUCCAAUCACAUUGUCCUCUGUCAGGAAAAGAGGCUUCAGUGUCUGUCCUUCUCCAGCAUCAAAGAAAAAGAAUGGCUUAUGGAGUCGCUUAUUCGCUACAUCAAAGUCAUCGGUGGGCCGCCAGGCCGAGAAGGUCUUCUCGUCGGGUUAAAAAAUGGAGCUAUCCUCAAGAUUUUUGUGGACAAUCCAUUUCCCAUCACUCUGCUGAAGUUAUCAACAUCGGUGCGAUGUCUGGACAUGAGUGCCUCGCGGAAAAAGCUGGCCGUGGUGGAUGAGCAUAACACUCUCUUGGUGUAUGACAUUAACAGCAAAGAAUUGCUUUUUCAGGAGCCUAACGCCAACAGUGUUGCAUGGAACACUCAGUGUGAGGUCAUGCUGUGCUUCUCUGGCAAUGGGUACCUCAACAUCAAGGCCAACAACUUUCCCGUCCACCAGCAGAAGAUGCAAGGUUUCAUGGUGGGCUUCAACGGCUCCAAAAUCUUCUGUCUCCACGUCUAUUCUAUGUCUGCCGUUGAGGUACCUCAGUCUGCCCCCAUGUACCAGUACCUGGAGAGGAAGAUGUUUAAAGAAGCCCACCAAAUUGCCUGUUUGGGUGUGACGGACAGCGAUUGGAGGGAUUUGGCUACUGAAGCUCUAGAGGGCCUCGACUUUGACAUUGCCAAGAAGGCCUUCAUUCGUAUACAAGACUUACGAUACCUGGAGCUCAUCAAUAGCAUUGAGGCAAGAAAGAAGCAAGGCGAGAACGACAAUGACUUGUUCCUGGCGGACAUCUACGCCUACCAGGGAAAAUUCCACGAGGCGGCCAAGCUUUACAAGCGCAGCGGCCAGGAACCCAAAGCUCUGAGCAUGUACACUGACCUGCGAAUGUUUGACUACGCCAAGGACUAUGUCGGGGCGGCCGAUCCGAAGACGUCACGCAUCCUGAUGGCCAAGCAGGCCGACUGGGCCAAGUGCAGCAAGGAGCCCCAGGCUGCGGCCGAGAUGUACAUCUCAGCCGGAGAGAAUCUGAAAGCCAUUGAGGUUUUGGGGGAACAAGGCUGGGGUGACAUGCUGAUCGACUUGGCUCGAAAGCUGGACAAGGCUGAACGAGAACCCCUGGCCAAAUGUGCUUUCUAUUUUAAGAAGCUGAAGCACCAUGGCUACGCCUCGGAGACAUAUUCCAAAAUGGGUGACUUGCAGGCCCUGGUGCAGCUGCAUGUGGAAACGCAACACUGGGAGGAGGCCUUUUCACUGGCAGAGAAGCAUCCCCAGUUUAAAAACGACGUAUUUGUGCCUUACGCUCAGUGGCUGGCUGAGAACGACCGAUUCGAAGAGGCGCAAAAAGCAUUUCACAAGGCUGGCCGACAGAAUGAAGCUGUCAGAGUCUUGGAGCAGCUCACGCAAAAUGCAGUCGUGGAGAGGAGGUUUGAUGACGCCGGAUAUUAUUACUGGAUGCUUUCCAUGCAGUGCCUCGACAUCGCCAGAGAAAAUGAAGAUCAGCGAGAUGAAAUGCUGAAAAAGUUUGAACACUUUCAGAAUCUGGCAGAGCUCUACCAUGUCUACCACCCCAUUCAGCGCUAUACGGAUGAACCCUUCAGUUCACUCAUGCCAGAGACACUGUUCAACAUCUGUAGGUUCCUCCUGAGCAACCUCCCAAAGGACAAUCCACCACCAGGCAUCUUUAAAGUGAACACCUUGUAUGCUUUGGCCAAGCAAAGUCGAAAACUGGGUGCCUAUAAAUUGGCCAGACUUUGCUACGAGAAGCUCCACAAGUUGUACAUUCCGUCUCGCUUUCAAGAGUGCAUUGAACUGGACAGCCUCACCAUUCGGGCUAAACCUUUCCAUGACAGUGAGGAGUUGACGGAAGCCUUGAUGUGUUACCGUUGCUCCAACAAACCGUUGUUGAACAACCAGGGGACAGCCUGUCUCAAUUGCAAGCAGCCCUUUAUUUAUUCAGCGUCUUCAUAUGAGAUACUUCCACUUGUGCAGUUCUACCUGGAAGAGGGCAUCAGCGAUGAGGAAGCCGUGUCUCUUAUCGACCUGGAAGUUCCUCAGAUGGAGCAGACAGACGCACACUGGCAACAAAUGGACAACGAUGCACAAGUCUUAAAGAUGGAUGACUGCUUGGAUGAUGCGGAGGAAGACCCGUUCACACCCAAAAUGAUAUUUGAGCAAGGUGGCUCGCAGUUUGUUCCUGUCAGAGUGAACCGCUCGGUGCUACGCUCCAUGAGCAGGAGGGACGUUCUGAUCAAGCGUUGGCCCCCACCACUCAAGUGGGAAUACUUCCGCUCUCUACUCCCUGAUGUCAGCAUCACCAUGUGUCCCACCUGUUUCAAAAUGUUCCACAGCGAAGACUAUGAGCUUCUGCUUCUUCAGCACAACUGCUGUCCGUUCUGUCGGCGACCAAUCGACGAGCCGAACUGAUGGGUUUCGAUAUAUUGGCUGUUCCUCUUAUCGUGGAUAUGUAUUUACUCCACAUUCUGCUUCUUGUUCAUGAAGGAAGACGACACUUCCCGCCUGUGAAAUAAGCAGCGCACAACUUCUCCGAUGUAAAGGGACUUUCAACAAGAACGUUGACUGAAAGAAUGAUAUUUUUUAUCUUUAGUGGUAUAUUUAUUUGUUUUUAUUCAAAAAUUUGGUCAACAGAGACCUGCAUUUUACAGAUUUGUAUUCUAGAGCUGUAGCAUAUGUUAUAUAAUAGUACAUCUGUUAUUUAGACAUGAGAACAUAUUUUUAUAUUUUUAUCAAUAA